UCAUUUUGUUAAUUGUUCUUCCUGAAAUAAAUAAUGGCAACAAUCGAUGACGAAUUAAUAAUUUAUGGUGGUGAUUUAAAUAUACCGCAAUGUAAAAGAAACUUUUCGCAAUAUGUAUUGGAUAAAAUGACUCAAAAUUCAGAUAAAAUUGCACAGAUUGAUCCUGUGAAUAAGAAAACUCAGACGUAUGCUGUCUUGAGGUUAAAUUCAAUACGAUGUGCUUUAAAAUUGAAACAAAAUGGUGUAAGACGCGGUGAUAUAAUAAUGAUUUGUGGACGCAAUCAUUUGAAUUUAGCUGUACCAUUAUUGGCGUCCAUGUACAUUGGUGCACCAGUCAAUCCACUGCAUCCUGAUUAUUCACGAAGAGAAAUUUUGCGAAUGCUAAAAUUAACCGAACCCAAAGUGAUAUUUUGUGAUCACGAAUGUACAAAACUCAUGAAGGAACUCGUCACUGAAAUUAAAUUAAAAAGUAAAAUUGUUACAUUUGAAACAGAUUUUAAAUCGUAUUUAGAACCACUUAAUUCAGCUGAAGAGGAUAACUUUGUAACAGAAACUGUAGAUGUUUUUAAUGAUAUAUUGUAUAUUGUAUGCACCAGCGGUACAACAGGACUGAUAAAAGGCGUAACUAUUACUCAUAAUGCAUUUUAUAUCGCAUCGAACACAUGCAUAUUGGUUAUGGAAAAUGAUAGUCCAAUCUUGUACUAUUCUCCAUUAUCGUGGAUUUCGGCCAUGUUACUAAUAAACGCUGCAGCAUUGAAUGGUGUUUCUCGAAUGAUUUGUGAAUACAAUCCCACACGAAACUUGGAAAUAAUUUUGGAAUAUAAAAUCAAAUGGUUGUUCAUGACACCAAUGAAAGCAUUUGAAAUGAUUAAUCAUCCAUUAUUUAAACAAAAUAUAUCGACAAUAUCGAAAAAUCUAAGAUACUUCUUUUUUGGUGGAAGCCCUUCAUCGGAAAGACAAGUUCAAGAAAUUCAUCAAAUAUUCAAAAAUGCAUUCAUUACCAACGGAUAUGGUUGUGCAGAAAUGUCUGGGGGUCAUUCAUGGCUUAUUAGAAAUAAGCACGAAGAUAUUUGUAGCAGAAAAAUAAUGUCAUCGGGUCAACCAAUAAAUGGAACCUACUGGAAAAUUGUAGAUCCAGAAACUGGGAAAAAUGUUGGCCGAAACAAUGAAGGAGAGUUAUGGAUCAAAGGUCCAGCAUUAACUAAAGGGUACUACAAAGAUCCAGAAGCAACUGCACAAGCAAUUGAUAAAGAUGGAUGGUUUCAUACAGGAGAUCUUGUUAUUGUGGAUGAUGAGGAUUCUUUAUUUGUUGUUGGCCGAAUUAACGAUCAAUUAAAAUAUAAAACAUGGCAUGUCUCAUCAAGUGAACUAGAAGAUAUUUUAAAAGAGCAUUCUGCUGUAGAAGCUGUUUGUGUUAUGGGUAGACCUCAUGAAACUGAUGGUGAUUUACCACUUGCGUUUAUUGUCAAAAGAGAUUCAGCAAAAGAUGUUACUGAAAAAGAAAUUAUCGAAUUUGUUAACAAUCAAGUUUGUGAGUAUCAAAAAUUACGCGGUGGAGUAAUUUUCUUGGAUGACAUGCCAGUUACACCAUCUGGGAAAAUAAGAAAAUUGGUAUUAAAGCAAUUUAUAAAUUUCAGCUUUCUUUCAAAAUCUAUGGUAAUGGCUUCUGAAACGUCUCGUACGUGGUGUUCAUAUGAUAGACAGCAGAACGGCAAUUAACUGUUAAAAAAUAAAAUAUUCCGAUAAAUUUGAACCAUACUUCCUGUCUCUAAGCAACACAAGUGGGACGACGCUUUGAACAUGUAGCACUUUACAUGAGUAACCAAACAAUUG